AGUUCUGCACGGGCUCAAGCCAUCCGUGGCCCCACGUCCUCGGGCGCUUGCGAUCUGGUGCGCCCGGGGCGGCCGGUGGAUGAAAUUGGAGCUGACUGUGAGGCAGGCCAAGGGCUUGAAGCACACGGGCAAGCACUGCGUGGAGUUCCACCUGGACGGGGCUGGGCGGGUCCGCACUGCGUGGAUCGAAGACCAGUACAAUGCCGACGGCUAUAGGCUGGAGCCCAAGAGCUUUCGCGCGACUGGCACGCACUCCAUCGGCCUGAGGAAGGCCCGGGAGGCGUACGAGGGCGCGUACUUGCACAUCACGGUCGUCCACCAGAGGUUCAUCCGCGACGACAAGUGCGUUGGCGAGGCCCACAUUCACUGGGCCGAGCUGUCCAAGGGCAUCAGCAGCUGGGUCGCGUUGGAGCACAAGGACAAGUCUGGGGGCCAACUGCUGCUCGACGUCGCCCUAACCGGGGCCCCAGCCAGCGCGCCGCCAGCCCCAGCGGCGAGGGUGGCUGCUGCUGCUGCGCCACAGCUCUUGCAGGGUGACCGGGAGGACGGGACUAUGAAUCUGGCUGCCCUGGGGCUCAGCGAGCAGGAGGUGGAGGCGCAGCGCGCGAUCCUCGCCAGCCUGGAGACUGCCCGCGAGAGCCCCAGGGAGCGGGCGCGGCAGCCCACGAUGCAGCCCGCGGCGGGGCCGCCCAGCGCGGCGACGCUGCGCCCAGCCCCCGCUGCGACGCUGCCAGCGAAGACCGCGAGCUGGGCGGCAGAGCGGCCCACGGCCGCAGCGGUCGUGGCGCCAUCGUGGCCCGAGGACGGAGGGCCCAAGGGCGCCCCCGCGUCGAGCCCGCUCUGGCCAGACUGGCCAGUCGCCGGCCCGGCCGCGGCGGCGCUCAGCUGGCCUGUCGCCGCGGCGCCCCCGCAGGCGCUCGCGGGUGCCCCGCGCCCCGCGUCGCCGCGCGGGCUGCCUGCGUGCCCCGCCGCGGCGCGACCGGCGGAGCAGCCGGCGUCGACUCAGCUGGCCCUGGCCCUGCCGCCGCCAGCGAAGGAGAACGGAUCGGCGUGGCUGCCGUGGCUCGAUUUCCGCGCGGCGCACGGCGACCGGCCCGCCCCGUCGCCACAGGCCUCCGCGGUGCCAGUGGCAUCGGUGGCGGCGCCGCCCGUGGCGUGGAGGACAGGCCGCGCGCCGCCAGAGGUGCGCAGGCACCGCGCGCUGCUCAUCGGCGUCGACUAUGCCAGCACGUCAGCGGCCCUGUCGGCGAGUGCAAGCGACGCCGCGGCGGUACGCGAUCUGCUGCUCCGGCUGGGGUUCCCACAGGAGUGGAUCCUUUGCCUCUCCGACAGCCAGAGCGACCCCGCGCUGCUUCCGACUCGCAGCAAUAUUCUGUGCGCGAUGCGCUGGCUAGUUCACGAGGCGUUACCAGGAGACGCGUUCUUUUUCUACUUCGCGGGCCACAGCUCCCAGCGGGAGGACGAGAAUGCUCCGGUGAAGGGCUCUUUGGACGACGCGAUAGUUCCCAUGGACUUGCCCACCAGCGGGGUGGUCACCAGCAACCAAGCAUUCGAGCUGAUGGUGCAGAAUCUGCCAGAUGGCGUCCGCCUCACUGCGCUAGUAGACACGUUCCACCCCUGCAUCCUCCUGGACUUGCCUUUCGUCUACGAUGGCGAGGACAGCUGGAACGAGGACGCGAACCCCUUCCACGUUGUCGGCGACGUGGUAUGCUGGGGCGCUGAACCUGGCCUGCGGAUGUCCCCUGGGGAAAAGGCAGCGCUGCAACACGCGCCGCGGGGCCCGCUGACGACCGCGUUUCUCCAGUCGUUGCUCGAGCUGGGGGCGAGGCGGCGGCAGGAGUACGGCAGCCCCAAGGAGACGGUCUUCGACAGGGAGGGUUGCGUCACGGUGGAUCCCGCGGCGUUCGGGCCCAGGUAUUCAGGGCGUCCCCCCCACCAAGUCCCCCCCAAAAAAAAAAUCCUUCGUCUUCGAGGACUCGAGGGGGAAACGUUCGCCUUCGGCGGAAGCCAGCGGAGGGGUCGCGGAGGCCAGCGGAAUUAGAACAAGGGCGGUGUUGCUUGGGGAAGCCAGCGAUAGCCGAAGCCAGCGGAAUCAAUGGCAGGCCACUUCUCAGUGGGGCCAACGCCGCCGUACCCGCGCUCUCAUCCAGCAAGCUAGAUAUGACGCGGCCGACGUGGACGAGAAUGGGAUACACAAUGUGAUUGCGUGCGUCUCUAACCGUCGGCCUUCGUACGGCAGGGCGUACCGGCUUUCCGCAUCUGUAUCCAGCUCGGGGGCCUUGAGACAGGGGUCAAUGCAAACGGGGGUCGGUCAGAGCGCCAGAUCUUGAAGGAUCCUGCGGAGCGAGGGGUACACUGAGCCGGAUCUUGCAGGAUCCUGCAGGAUCCUGCAGGAUCUUGCAGGAUCCUGCAAGGCCUUGCUCACCCGGGUUUGGAUGGACCCGGGUCAGCAGAUCCCCUACGAGAGAUCAGCCUCCCCAUGCUCUGGACGCGACCCCCACGGCGCGCGUGAGCCCAGCUCCCUGACAGCAACGGCCAGGCCCGUCACGCACGCCGAGCUCUUCCUGGAGAUCGAGGAGCACCUGCGGCGCUCGGGGCACCGGCGCCGGCCCCGCCUCUGCGCCUCGCAGGCGUUCGACCCGUGCGCGCGCCCCUUCCGCCUCUCGGGCGCGGAGCUCAACGGGAACGAGUGGUGCGGCCUGCGGGCGCCGCGCGCGCACAGGGAGCCGCGGCCGCGGUGACGGGAGGCCUGGCGGGGGCAUCCGCCCUCUGCCUCCCUUCUCUUCUUCUUCCUCCCCCUAUUCCACCGCCUCCUCCUCCUCACGGAGGACGCCAUCCACCCACUCACACCCACCCUGGCCGAGCCGAAGCCUGGCUCCCGGAUUGGUGCGCCCCCCUGGCCUACUUGGCCAGGAAAGCACAUCCACCGAUCCUGAGCCCAGGCUUGGCAUGCUCAGGAUCUGUGUAGAUGGAUCGGUGGCGUAUCCCUGUCCUCCUCCAGGGCUCGGCAGGGCCGUGUAUCAUACUGGGCCGCUUGCCCGAAGAGGCCUCAGCCUGGUUGCAAGCCAUGCGUCUGAUGCCACGAUUUGACGCAUCGCGGCCGUCGACGCCAGCACACGUGCGCGGAUCAUUGAU